GAAGUCCCGCGAGCGGAAAGACGCCGGAUCCUCUUCCUGACUCCAUUUACAAACAAAAAAAGCGACGUUGAACGAAUUGAACAAAUUAUUCCUGCAGACUCUCGCCUGCUCGCUGUUCUCCUCGCAGGGAGGAGUGGACGUCUGACGGGGACACCGGGGAGGCCGAGCCCGACAUGUUUGUUUUCGUGCUGGAGCGAAGGAAGACAUGACAUCAACAUUGCUGCACUCUUUGCCAGCCCGAGGUCAAAAGUUGGACUAAAGGUGCUCCCAGGAACAGAACCUCGUUGACAUCUGCACACUUUCAACAUGGCCUGGGCUUUAAAGCUGCCUCUCACUGACGAGGUGAUCGAGUCCGGACUGGUCCAGGACUUCGAUGCCAGUCUGUCGGGCAUCGGCCAAGAGCUGGGGGCCGGGGCGUACAGCAUGAGCGACGUCCUGGCCUUGCCCAUCUUCAAGCAGGAGGAGUCCAACUUGCCACCGGACGCCGACAACAAGGUCCUUCCCUUCCAGUACGUUCUCUGCGCCGCUACCUCGCCAGCUGUCAAACUGCACGAUGAAACACUCACCUACCUCAACCAAGGGCAGUCCUACGAAAUCAUCAUGCUUGACAAUCGGAAAAUCGGUGAACUCCCGGAAAUCUCCGGUAAAAUGGUGAAGAGCAUCAUUCGCGUGGUGUUUCACGACCGCCGACUUCAGUACACGGAACACCAGCAGCUGGAGGGAUGGCGCUGGAACAGGCCCGGGGAUCGUAUUCUGGACCUAGAUAUCCCCAUGUCGGUCGGCAUCGUGGACCCCCGAGUGAACCCCACCCAGCUUAACACCGUGGAAUACCUUUGGGAACCGUCAAAGAGAACCUCUGUUUUCAUCCAGGUCCACUGCAUCAGCACAGAGUUUACUAUGCGCAAGCACGGCGGCGAGAAAGGCGUCCCUUUCCGAAUCCAGAUCGACACGUUCAAAGAGAACGAGGGCGGCGAGUACGCCGAGCACCUCCACUCCGCCUCCUGCCAGGUCAAAGUUUUCAAGCCUAAAGGUGCCGACCGUAAGCAGAAGACUGACCGGGAGAAGAUGGAGAAGAGAGCGCCACAGGAGAAGGAGAAGUACCAGCCCUCGUAUGAAACUACCAUCCUAACUGAGUGUUCUCCCUGGCCUGAGGUUACCUACGUCAACAACUCCCCGUCACCCGCCUUCAACAGCACACCCAGCAGCUUCCCCGUCGCAGAAGGAAACACUUCACCAAACCACCAAGCGCCUGAGCCUGUCGUUCAGGUAGCGGACAAUUUGUUGCCCGCGACGACGCCACAAGACGCACAACAGUGGCUUCUCCGAAACCGCUUCUCGCCCUUCUGUCGUCUCUUCACUAACUUUUCAGGAGCGGACCUGUUGAAGCUGACCAGGGAGGAUGUGAUUCAGAUCUGCGGCCCGGCAGACGGCAUUCGGCUCUUCAAUGCACUAAAGGGACGGGUGGUACGACCCCGGCUGACCAUCUACGUGUGCCAGGAGUCUCAGCAAACCAAGCACGAGAACGGCGACGCCGCCAACAACACCUUCUUCAUCUACCACGCCAUCUACCUGGAGGAGCUGACGGCGGUGGAGCUGACGGAGAAGAUCGCCCAGCUCUUCAACAUCUCCCCCAGGCAGAUCACCCAGAUCUUCAAGCAGGGUCCCACCGGCAUCCACGUGCUGGUCAGCGACGAGAUGAUCCAGAACUUCCAGGAUGAAGUUUGUUUCCUUCUGGACACGAUGCAAGACGAAUCCAGCGACGGCUACCACAUCAUCCUGAAGUGACCGCUCCAAGGACGUGGUCCCCCCUCCCCACCCCGCAGGAGGUCUCUUGAGGGCCGCUGGGAGGAACAUGCGGUGCCCCCCCCUCUCGCUCGGGAGGCGGUGACUGUUACCACGGUGACGAAGCUUUUUACUUCACCCUCCUCGCCCUCUCCUCUCUUUUCGUUUUGCGUCUCCAGAGACAGUUUUGCAGCGUCUGGACUCGUGCUGUGAAAACAAGGACUGACUGGAGUAGGUUCCGGCAUCCAGUGGCGUCAGCGACUCGAAGGAAAAGUGGACUCCAGCUAUUAACACGGUUAGCACCCACUAUCUAGCGUCCUCUUGCACUAAUGCUAAUUGUUUGAAUGAGCCCAUAUUACCUUUCAAUAUGUUUUAAAAUGGUACUUUCCCAACACGAGUGUUUUUAAGUUUAUUUCCUUUUUUUUAAAUCUUUUCCAGCAUAUGCUAUCGUCAAGUGUGGCGAGGCCACGUGAUCCGUUACAUGUUUAAGAUAUUUUGCUUUUACCUCCGUUUCAUCUGGUCAGCUGUGAUGCGUACACCCUCAUUACUGUACCGGCCUCUUUUCAAAUACCUGCAAAAAUAAAAUGCCUUUGUGAGAAAAAAACAAAACAAAACAAUGUUCUUGCCACGUGAACACAGCGGGAACAGGCAAAAAUUGGCUGACAGCUUUGACAUCCAAGUGUUGUCGCAAAACUUUCUUAUACAAAAGCCAAAAGCAGUGAAGUUGUCACGUUGUGUAAAUGGUAAAUAAAAAGUGAGUACCGUAUUUCCUUGAAUUGCCGCCGGGGCGCUAAUUGAUUUAAAAUCGCUUCUCACCCCGGCGUUUACCAAAGGCAUGCGGUAAAUUUAGGCCUGCGCUUAUAUUUUUUGAGUGUGACGUAAGGAUACCGUCAUGAAAAGCACAUUUAAAGGGGAACAUUAUCACCAGACCUAUGCAAGCGUCAAUAUAUACCUUGAUAGUGCAGAAAAAUGACCAUCUAUUUUUUGAACCGAUUUCCAAACUCUAAAUGGGUGAAUUUUGGCGAAUUAAACGCCUUUCUGUUUAUCGCGCUGGAAGCGAUGACGUCAGAAUGUGACGUCGCCGAGGUAACACACCCACCAUUUUCAUUUUCAACACAUUACAAACACCGGGUCUCAGCUCUGUUAUUUUCCGUUUUUUUGACUAUUUUUUGGAACCUUGGAGACAUCAUGCCUCGUCAGUGUGUUGUCGGAGGGUGUAACAACACUAACAGGGAGGGAUUCAAGUUGCACCACUGGCCCGAAGAUGCCAAAGUGUCUGCCGCCAGACCCCCAUUGAAUGUGCCAGAGUGUCUCCACAUUUGACCGGCGAUGCUAAGGCAGACAUGGCACAGAGAUGUAUGGAUAACCUGCAGAUGCAUUUGCAACGAUAGUCAACGAAAUCACAAAGGUGAGUUUUGUUGAUGUUGACUGCCAGCUAAUCGGUGCUAACAUGCUACGCUAAUCGAUGCUAACAUGCUAUUUACCGGCGUUGCUAAAGCAGACAUGGCACAGAGAUGUAUGGAUAACCUGCAGAUGCAUUUGCAACUAUAUUACGUUUCCUUCCACCCACAUUUAAUGCGAAACAAACACUUACCAAUCGACGGAUUUAAGUUGCUCCAGUGUCAAAAGAUGCGAAAGUCCUGAUCCUUUGGUCCGCACAUUUUACCGGCGAUGCUAACGCAGCUAUUUGGCCAUGCUAUGGCUAUGAAUAGCGUCAAUAGCUAUUCGCUCAAUUGCUUCAGUUUCUUCUUCAAUAUUUUCAUACUCCAACCAUCUGUUUCAAUACAUGCAUAAUCUGUUGAAUCGCUUAAAUCGCUGAAAUCCGAGUUUGAAUCCGAGCUAAUGUCGCUAUAUCUUGCUGUGGUAUUCCCAUUGUUUGUUUACAUUGGCAGCACUGUGUGACGUCACAGGGAAAUGGCCAGCGUCUUCGCAGAGAGCGAAAAUAAGGCACUUUAAAGCUUUAUUUAGGGAUAUUCCGAGACCGGUAAAAUUCUGAAAAAAACUUCAAAAAAUACAACAAGCCACUGGGAACUGAUUUUUAUUGUUUUUAACCCUUUUGAAAUUGUGAUAAUGUUCCCCUUUGAUAAUAUCAACAGCAUGGCUUCAUAGUAAAAGAGUGCGGGUACUAGACAGGCCUGCCUGUAGUCCAGACCUGUCUCCCAUUGAAAAUGUGUGAAAGCUAAAAUAUGAGGCAGGAGACUGUUGAACAAUUUAAGCUGUACAUCAAGCAAGAAAGGGAAAGAAUUCCAAAUCAAACAUGUGUCUCCUCAGUUCUCAAACCUUUACUGAGUGUUGUUAAAAUGAAAGGCCAUGUAACACACUGGUAAAAAUGCCUUUUUUGUAAUGUGUUGCUGCCAUUACAUUCUAAGUGAAUGAUUAUUUGCAACAACAAAAAAAUAACAAAGUUACUCAGUGUGAACAUGAAAUAUCUUGUCGUUGCAGUCUAUUCAAUUGAAUAUAAGUUUGAAAGGAUUUGCAAAUCAUCGUAUUCUCUUUUUAUUCACCAUUUACACAACGUGCCAACUUCAGUGCUAUUGAGUUUUGUACAUCAUCAUAAAUUUGAAAUGUGAUUAUUGCGACUCUGGUACCGCGAGGGUCUUAAACCAGCUAUUUUCCUGUUUUCAUGGAAUCACUUCUGGUAUUGUAUUUCACAAUGUAUGUAUGUUUCACUAAAUAUAAAAAUCAUGAGUCCCUG